AUGAAAGUAUCCUUUAUUCUUAUUAUCACCGAUGAUGAUGAUGAUGAUGAUGAUGAUGAUGAUGAUGAUGAUGAUGAUGAUGAUGAUGAUGAUGAUGAUGAUGAUGAUGAUGAUGAUGAUGAUGAUGAUGAUGAUGAUGAUGAUGAUGAUGAUGAUGAUGAUGAUGAUGAUGAUGAUGAUGAUGAUGAUGAUGAUGAUGAUGAUGAUGAUGAUGAUGAUGAUGAUGAUGAUGAUGAUGAUGAUGAUGAUGAUGAUGAUGAUGAUGAUGAUGAUGAUGAUGAUGAUGAUGAUGAUGAUGAUGAUGAUGAUGAUGAUGAUGAUGAUGAUGAUGAUGAUGAUGAUGAUGAUGAUGAUGAUGAUGAUGAUGAUGAUGAUGAUGAUGAUGAUGAUGAUGAUGAUGAUGAUGAUGAUGAUGAUGAUGAUGAUGAUGAUGAUGAUGAUGAUGAUGAUGAUGAUGAUGAUGAUGAUGAUGAUGAUGAUGAUGAUGAUGAUGAUGAUGAUGAUGAUGAUGAUGAUGAUGAUGAUGAUGAUGAUGAUCUUGAAUAA